ACAAAUAUCGGUUUCCAUCCCUCGUAUGUAACCCUCAAUCAGGCUCGACCAUCAACAAACAUGGCUAUUCGACCUCUUCAAUUCCGUAACCUCUGGAAGCUUGGUCUACCGAUGGCUAUCUUCGCUUUCGUCAGCAUAGCGCUCCUGGUGCGUCGACUCCGAACGCACCCGACGGCAAACGGGGCUUCGAUUGGAUUUGUGUCAUUCUUAGCAGCUGUUUUAUUUAUGUUGGGAAUCCUCUUGUGUAUGGGAUCUUGUAUGCUUCGAGAAGCGCAAGCCGACCUGGUCCCGGGCACGUGGGGUGUAAAGAUCAGUGUAUCAACUUCUACACCUGGCAGAAGUGGUAGCAAGUCACGUUCUAAAAGAUCAACCGAGGGAUGACUCUGAGGUGAUUGAGCCUGGAUAGAUUAUUUUUGCGAGUACAUUAUCUAAUUAUGUACUUAGAAACCUCGGAUUGCAUCUCAAUGAGUCUCAAUCGCUACCCUGAUAUCUUGGGUUCCCAUCAAACUUAUCGAGCAUGGAUUAUGAGAGGUGCUGCAACAGUUUUCAGUUGCAUAUAUUGUUUUACCUGAGAUCGCUGCGUUAGUGAUUCUAUACGGAAUCAAUCGGAUGUCUUCUGGUCUCGUCUCUCCCUAUGUCACUUCCAUGUGAAAUUCUUCGGCCAGUUGACUGUUCAUCGUUUGCUUAUCCCAGUCGGUUAAAAGGCACAGUCAAGGCAUUUCCGCAGCGUGCUCUGAAUGUUCAGUCGGUUCGUGGAGUGUAAGUCUAAUUGAUGUACGAUCUGCAAACCUCCCGCCCCUAGAGCCUGUCAGCCUGUUCCGGGGUGCCGACUAGUGCGUCUCUAUUGAUAACCAGGGGCGGAAGACCGGGCCAGAUCAUUCUCUCCAUCGCAGAACAGCAUCUGUACUGGUUUAAGAUUCUUGGCUGCUGAUAUGUCUGAUGGCUCUGACGCCUACACGUACGUCCUUUCGUAGAUUGAACCCUGCUCUUUCAGCAAUAUCAUUGUAACGUAGCACUUUGCGGCAAAGAAAUUGCGUCUUGAGAUUGUCGAUAAAGUCGUCACUACCAUUGAGCAUUUUGAUCGAAAUUUUUGGUAACGGUGGGGAAUUCUAGAACCUAAAUGACAUAAAUACAGUGCUGUCCCUUGGAAAUAGAGGUUUUGUUCUCAUCACAACAAUUUCCAAAAAUCUGGCAUACGUUCAAUUUCAAUACCACGUACGAUGCAGUUGACCUCAUUCUUGUUAUUUGCUGCUCAUGCAGUCCAAGCAGUCGAGUUGGACUGGUAUGUCAGCAGAGGCUGCCACGGGGAGAGACUAGACUCAGCCUACUAUUCUACCUUCAGCAGCGACUGCUACCCCGUCAGCGAACGUACAACAAACGCCGGGUCUCUGAUUUUGGGAUUCAGCGAGCCCUCGGACGUUGGGCUGCAGGUUUUUCUUUACAGUGAUUCCUCAUGCAACAACCUAUAUGAGGUCCAGGAUAGCACAGUCUGUGUUAAUGACGACGACCAUGAAGUCGGAUCUUAUCAGAUUGCUGCUAAGGCCAUCAGCAAGAGCCCUUCCUACACCACCAAACGCAGCUCUGAAUCUAUUCAACGCGGCCUUGACACACUCUUCGCCGAUGCAGGACUUGACAUUGUCACUAGAGCAGAUGAAGAUGAUCUGGGCCCCCCUAAGACGUACGACAUCGGAAUACACAAUGGAUCCGACAAUCGGAUCGCUCUUGUUCCUUCAGACCAUCCUUAUCUCGCCGCCAGUGGGUUUGCCGUUGUCACCGCUCUAACGAUGAGUUCUCUCGUAACUGGAUGCUACGAAGUUCAGAAUGCCACACCUGUGGGCAAGUACUCGUGCGCGGCAUCAUUGGCAGCCACCGUAAUCUCUUUCAUGUCGACUUUAUACCACAGUUAUCAAGGCUACAGAGCCAUCAGGGCCACACUUCGCAACAACAACAUUGAGCUCGGUAUCAGAAGGCCACGGAAACGAGGUCUGGAGAGCCAAACCAUGACAGUAUCGCACGAGGAGUACAUGGAGUACAUCCUAAACCUUGUUGGACUCCAAGGGAAGCACCUUGGAUAUACACAGCGCUACAAUACUAUCGACACGAAGACUCCAGUUUAUCAUUUCUCUAUGGAUGGCGCAGAAGCUGGGAUGCAGGAUUAUGUGUUUACUAUCUCUGCUGACGACAAUGGCGAAGUCAAACAUUCAAUCUCCUUCGCCCACGAUGUCAAGAUCCACAAGCGCUCCAGUUAUUCCUACCAGGGAGUAUCCGUCAAUGGUGGUCUGGAUGUCGAAGCUUGCCAGAGGACAGCAGGAGAUCAAAGUGACCUACCAAGAUCUAAUGCUAGAGCUUAUUCAUACUUCUACGAUGACCUUACUUGUCUUCUAUCUUCCGAUGAGCUUCUCAAUAGCAACUACAUCUCUGCCGAUAUCAUGGACAGGGACGGUAAAACAGAUUUGACUAUUGGAAUGUCUCCGUUCAGAGGUAACCAAGCGAAUGAGGCUGCGGCAAGACCUGCAUGCGACAAUACUCAUUUCUAUUUCACAUCUAGCUGCAUCAACUGAAAAGUUUUCUCGGGAUAUUUCAGUUAUCUCAAGACAAAUAGCAGGGGCAGUCAUGGUUGAAUGUCUCUUAUUGGAAAGUUUGGAAGGAUUAGUUAGGAUUCACAGUCAUGGCCCAACACAAUGCCAGUGAUUUUUCAAAAGUGAUUAAAAG